AUGCCGGGCAGGACAAAGAAGCCGGAGGAGGCUUCCUCCCAGGACGCCAGCAUGCAAGACGCCCCUCCAUCUGCGCAGCCCGAGGAGACACCAGACGCUGCCAUGGACGGCGACGCGCAGGAGGACGAGGAUGAAGAAGAGGAGGAGGUGGAGGCCCAGCGGGUGAAGAUCCUGCCCGGGUCGACGGACACCGCCGCCUCGUUUGAGUUUACUGACGAGGGACACACUCUCGGCAACGCCCUGAGAUAUGUCAUUAUGAAGAACCCGGAUGUUGAGUUUUGCGCCUACGCGAUCCCACAUCCCUCUGAGCCAAAGAUGAACAUCAGAAUCCAAACAUACGAGGGCACUGCCGUCGACGCACUGAAAAAGGGACUGGUGGACCUGCAGGACGUAUGCGACGUCGUGGCGGACGAGUUCUGGACCAAGAGGGAAGCGUUCAACGCCGAGAACGGCAUCUCGAGGUGA